AUGAUGAUGGUGAUGAUGAUGUUAGUGAUGGUAAUGAUGAUGGUGUUUAUGGUAAUAAUGAUGAUACGAUGCUAUUGAUGAUUAUGGUAAUGAUGUUAAUGAUGUUAAUGAUGGUAAUGAUGAUGAUGGUAAUGAUGAUGGUGAUUAUGGUAAUGUGAUAAUGAUGGUAAUGUUGAUGAUACGAUGCUAUUGAUGAUGAUGGUGAUGAUGAUGAUGAUGGUAAUGAUGGUGAUGGUAAUGAUAAUGGUAAUGAUGAUGAUGAUGGUAGUGAUAAUGAUAGUAAUGAUGAUGAUAAUGACGAUAAUGGUAAUGAUGAUAAUGGUAAUGAUGGUUAUGAUGAUGAUGGUAAUGAUGAUGAUGCUAAUAAUGAUGAUGCUACUAAUGAUGAAGAUAAUGAUGAUGAUGGUAAUGAUGACGAUGGUAAUGAUGACGGUAAUGAUGGUAUUGAUGAUGAUGAUGAUGAUCAUGAUGAUGGUAAUAUGAUGAUGGCAUUGAUGAUGAUAGUAUUGCUGAUGACGCUAAUGAUGAUGAUGGUGUUGAUGAUGAUAGUAAUGGUGAUAAAAAUAUUGAUUGUAUUAUAUAUUGAUUAUAUUGAGUAUUGA